UGAACUUAGUUCAUUAGGGAGAAUGCGCAGUGCGUUUUCGUAGGGUUGGCAAAGCGGCUUCUGUUUCUACGCGCAAUACGCUUCUAGAGAAGAAAACGCUGGUUAUGGCAGAAAUUUAAAUAAGUUGAGAGGUUUUGAAGAAUAAUUGGUGUUUCGGUAUUUUGUUUUCCUCCAACAGCUGAUUAUGGACUGUGAAUCGGACAGGGUGACGUUGUAUCCGGUGCUACGCCUGGCUCCAUCUUGUACGAUAACAAGUCGGGGAGUGGACCUGGCUGUCAAGGAGCAAUAAUGAAAAUCAAGCGAAAGUUUACAACCUGACAGGUGAGCAUUGAUAGUGGUGGUCUAUACUGCUAGAUAGCAGACAGCACUCCUCCAAACGGAAACCAUUCUCAAGAGACUUUCUUGUGCCCCAUGUGCUUCAACCAAUGAGAGAACUCUGUUCUUCAAGGAGAAACUCAGUCAGUUCCCGCUCAGUGUGGAUCCCCCUUGUUGGCCCAGGUCUCUUGGUGGCACUGACUUUGGAGAAUAUUUGAAGGAAUCUACCAGAAUAAAGGCCACAGAGAAGCGAGUGCAGCUAAAAAGAACUGCCCUGUCCCACUGUUGAAGGUGGGGGCUCUUACUAUGAAACAUGGACCAAGGUGCAGUUGACAGCCCUGUCAUCCUCAUCAUCAAGGCACCCAACCAGAAGUACGAUGAUCAGACUAUAAACUGUUUCCUCAACUGGACCGUUGGGAAGUUAAAAACGCACCUCUCUAAUGUGUAUCCCAGCAAGCCGUUGUCAAAGGAUCAGAGGUUGGUGUACUCCGGACGGCUUCUCCUGGAUCACCUGCAACUGAGAGACAUCCUGAGAAAGCAAGAUGAGUAUCACAUGGUCCACCUCGUGUGUGCCUCUCGAAGUCCCCCUGCAUCCCCCUGCCCCCCUACUGGCACACGGACGCACACGACCUCUGACCCUGAGACUCCUAGUUCUGACAGCCCCGCAUCCUCCUCCUCGGCCACGCCUACCACAGACAGUACGCCUGCCUCCUCAGUGGGGAACCCUGAUGGGCUGAGACAUCGUGGUGGCCACGCCCACAGCCCCGCCUAUCCAAACUUCAUGCAAGGGCACUUAGGGGACCAGUUUCCUGUGCAGCAGGGGAUGCCCGCGGGCUUCCCGGCCUACCCCGCGUACAACCCCAUGCAGGUGCUGUGGUGGCAGCAGGCGUACGCGCGGCACUACUACAUGCAGUACCAUGCAGCAGUGGCCUCCUCCCAGACUCCCAGCCCCACCAUCCCCCCCACUGCUUUCCUGCCCCCUGUGCCCUCCCUGUCACAUCAGCAACCAGCCCAGCCCAACGACCCGCCCCCCGUGGGUCCUAACCCCGCCCCCGCGCCAGCCCCAGCCCCAGCCCCUGCCCCUGCCCCCGCUCCCGCUCCCGAAGAGCACCCUGCCAACCCCAACAUCCAGAUGAACGCCCAGGGUGGCGCCCUGCUGAACGAGGAUGAGCUGAAUCGCGAUUGGCUGGACUGGAUAUACACGGUGUCGCGCGCCGCCAUCCUGCUCAGCAUCGUCUACUUCUACUCCUCCUUCAGCCGCUUCGUCAUGGUGAUCGGCGCCAUGCUGCUGGUGUACCUACACCAGGUCGGCUGGUUCCCCUUCCGCCCGGAUCUCCAGAACCUUGGGGGAGCAGAGGGAAACGAGGAUGACCAUGAGGCAGAUCGUCAUGACGACGUCCAGGAAAUGGAGCGCAUCAUGGACGAGGGGCUAGAGGAAGACGAAGGCGACGGUGGAGAGGAAGGCCCCGGAGACCCUGCCAACGGGGGCCCCCAGUACCCCGGAUUUCUGGCCUCAACCUGGUCCUUCAUCACCACCUUCUUCACCUCACUAAUCCCCGAGGGGCCCCCCCAGCCUGCCAACUGAACAUGGGGGGAGUCACGGCAACACUAGACCACGUCAAUAUGCAUAGGACACAGCAGCCAAUCAAAAAGAGCCAUCUCCGGACUCUUUCUGCCAAUCAUUACCAAUGGUCCGGUGGUCUGUGAAAAGCCACAUUUAUCUUUAUUCUUGGUGGAAGUUUUGAGUUAUGCAGCUCCUCAGAAACAAUGGGGAGAUCAGAUAUUGAUUGAGAAGGUAAUUGUCUUCCAUUUAAAAUAUAACACAGGCUCUCAUAGUUUGAUUAGCAAAAAAAAGAAAAACUAAAUAAAGAAAACACAGAACACAAGAACACACACCAAAGCUUUGUUGUCUAAAUGUGUGUGUAAACAAUUCAGUGGACUUGAGUGUAUUUUUUUUUUCUUCCUCAGUGUGUAUAAAUGCAAGCAUUUAUUUACUUGUAUAAAUAUAUAUAUACAUCUCAGUGCAUAAUGACCAGGAUUGCUUUGGUUGAGAGAAGCUUUUUUGAAUAAAAAUCCAGUUCUGGUUUUA